AUGUGCGCAACCUCAACCUCCCUUGAGAAGAGCCCCGAGCCCGCCGGCGGCGAGGCCAGCUCCAGCGGCGCGCGCGGCGAGACCCUGCGCGCGGUCGGCGGCGCGGUCGCCGGCACGCUGCCUGUGGUAGCAAAGGCGGGCGGGUCGGCGAUCUGGGCGGCGGGCUCCUUCCUCUCGGCGUACGUGGCGCGCGGGGGCGAGGACGGCCGCGGCAGCGUGGGGCGGCUCACCGGCCCGCCGCCCACGGAGCUCGACGACGGCGCGCUGCGCGGACUCGGCUCGUCUGAGGUGCUCCGGAUUGCAAACACGCUGUCGGGCAUCUUCUCGUCGGUGGCACCGGGCGGCGGCAGCGCGAGCGGCGCCGCGAGCGGCCGCCUCCGCGAGCCCGAGCUUCCCCGCCUCGUCGUCGUCGGCGCGCGGCGCAGCCGUUCCGGAAUACGCUCCAAAAACUCUCGCUCACCUCACCGCCGCGCACCGUCGCAGCCGUUCCGGGAGAAGAAGCAGCGCUCUCGCUCCAGCACCGUCGUUCACCUGCCCUCCUCAGGCACGCAGUCGUCCGGCAAGUCCUCACUGCUCAACGGCUUCCUUGCGGCCGACAUCCUGCCGCUCGGCGAGCAGAUGGUGACGCGCGCGCCGCUCAAUCUGCAGCUGGUCCACUCUCCAGACCCGGCGGAGAUGCGCGCAGAGUUUGGCGACUACAGCUGCGGCGCGUGGCAGUGCGCGGCGGCGGUCCCCCUCGCCUUCCCCGACCCGACGCCGCCGCAGCUGCAGCAGAUCCGCGCCUCGAUCGAGGCGCAGACGGAGGCGCGCGCCGGCGCGCAGAAGGGCGUCUCGGCCGCGCCAAUCUUCGUGCGCUACUACUCGCCGAACGUGCCCAACCUGUCGCUGGUCGACUUGCCCGGCCUCACCAUGACUGCGCUGACCGACCACGGCCAGCACCGCGACAUCCCCUACCCCACGCCGCGCGACAUCAAGAGGCAGAUCCGCGACAUGAUUGCGGCGUACAUCCGGCCGGAGCGCACAAUCAUCCUCAUGGUUUGCGGGGCGAGGGCCGACCUCGAGGCGCCGUGUCAGCGCUCGAGCGGCGGCGCGCGCACCGUCGGCGUCCUGACAAAGGUCGACCUGAUGAAUGCGGGGACCGACGUGGCGCGCGACCUGGAGGGGUCGGCGCGCUACCCGGAGGGGUCGGCGCGCUACCUGGAGGGGUCGGCGCGCUACCUGGAGGGGUCGGCGCGCUACCUGGAGGGGUCGGUCCCCUCCGAUCUGCGCCUCGCGCUGGGCUACUUUGCCGCGAAGGGGCCGCAGGGGCUGACGGUGCUCGACGGGUUCCGUGUGGAGCGGGAGUACUUUGGGAAGCACGCGGCGUACUCGGCCCUCGGCGCCGCCGGGCGAGUGCGGCUGGGCGUGCCCCUCCUCUCCCGCUUCCUGUCGCGCGUGCUGCUGCAGCACCUCAAGCAGCACCUGCCCGGCAUCGUGGCGGAAAUGAACGUCCUCACAAAGGAGACUGAGCGCGCCCUGGCGCUGCUCGGGCCGAUGGCGCCACCCCCCCGACGAGGCUGGCAAGACGGCGGCUGUGAACGGCGUCUCUUCACGGCCGCGGCCGCGAACAGGCGCGCUGGUGGAGAAGCGCGCCGACGUCAAGACGGGCGCUACCGCACCACCCACGGGACCGAACCCACACUGGAUUCGACAACUCUAGAGGGUGUGGUACCAGGCCGCCGGAUCAAGGACGCGUUUGAGGCGCUGCAGGGCACGCUGCGCGACGUCUCGCCCUUCUCCGCUGCGGCCUUCCCGGACGAGCACCUCGCUGCGGCCCCGCGUGCCGCUCCACCUGUGAACGGCGUCUCUUCACGGCUGCGGCUGCGAGCAGGCACCGUCCACGAGCGAGCGGCGGCUGUGAACGGCGCCUCUUCACCUGGUCCGCUACCUGUGCAGCUGCUGCCACCGUCCACGACCAGCUGCUCGCCCUCGCCAGCCGGCUGCUCAACUCGCCCUCGCUCUGCCGCGCGGGUCCGCGAGGAGGUCGCGGAGAUGCUCGGCGGCGCGCGGACCCUCGCGCAGGCAGAGGCAAAGGUCGAGGAGCUCAUCGAGAUGGAAGAGGCGUACAUCUCCACCGACGACCAGGCCUUCCUCUCGAGCUCGCCGCUGUGCAAGAGGACACGCGGGCGGACGGGCAUGUCUUUUUCUCUAGGCCUCCGGCUCCGAGCUCGCCGCCGUGAAGCAGCAAGUGUGGCGAGCCCGAUCUUUCUUUGUCAGGCCUUCCUCUCGGAGCUCGCCGCCGUGGCCUUCCUCUCGGAGCUCGCCGCCGUGGUGAAGAAGCUCGGGCAGCGCUUCGACGCGCCGCUCAUCCGCUCGCUCCUCAGCUCGUACUACGGCACGGUCGUGCGCUCGAUCUCGAACGCUGUGCCAAAGGCGGUGAUGCUCUUUAUGGUGCGCGCCUCGCACGACGGCGUCUACGCCUGCCUCUUCGACCGCAUCGCGAGGCAGCCUCCCGCCGGCCUGCUCGACGAGCCGCCGGAGAUGGAGACCAAGAGGCGCGGCGACGUCGAGCUGCUGGCCAAGCUGCGCGCGGCUCGCACGGCGCUCGAGUC